AUGUCUGUUAAAGCCGUACAUCUUGAGAUCGUUUCCGAUCUGACAACCGACGGAUUUUUAGCCGCGCUACGACGUUUCGCCGCGAGACGAGGAUUACCGGAGCAUAUAUACUCCGACAAUGGCACGAACUUCGUCGGUGCCAGUAAUCAAUUAAAGGAAGUAUACGCCUUGCUUAACUCCGAAAAUCACAAGCAUCGGAUAAACAAAUUCGCGAGCGACCGUCGUAUAGUAUGGCAUUUUAUUCCUCCGGCAGCACCACAUUUCGGUGGACUUUGGGAGAGCACUGUAAAAUUAUUUAAACAUCAUUUUCGACGCGUGGUAGGAGACUCCUUAUUCACGUUCGAAGAACUAAAUACGUUUGUCGCCGAAGUCGAGGGGAUUUUAAAUUCUAGGCCAAUUACCACACUUUCGUCUGAUCCCAAUGAUAUGUCCGUUUUAACGCCAGCUCACUGUCUGAUUGGCAAGCCUCUAACGGCCCUCCCGGAGGGAGAUUUAACUUGUGUUCCAGCUAAUCGUCUGUCUACCUGGCAACACAUUACAAAGGUUAGACAAGACUUCUGGGCACGAUGGUAUCUGGAAUACCUUAACGAACUCCAAAUACGCCACAAGUGGACCAAAGACGGCCCACAAUUGAAGAUUGGAACCAUAGUUCUGAUCAAAGACAAACGGAUUCCCUGCACGCAGUGGAUGUUAGGCCGAAUCACAAAACUGUUUCCAGGCCAGGACGACGUAAUUAGAACCGUCUCCAUUACAACAACAUCUGGAGAGAUUAUGAGACCAGUCAAGAGUCUCUGUCCAUUACCAAUGGAACAAGCGUAA